AUGUUUAGAAAAACACGAUAAAUAGAAACUCAUUCACUUCACUAUUCCAUUAGUUAAAGUGAAAUUAAAAGAUCUUCCUACUUUACAAAUCUAUCCCAUAGAUAUAGAUCUUAGUCAAUUGAUCUAAGCAAUUAAAAAAUAAAAUAACCUAUUUAGCAGACAAAAUCAAAAUCUAAACCUAAAAUGCAAAUCAAUCCUGUUAAAUUUUAGAUCUUUAAGUCAAAUAAACCACUAACAGAAUUCAAAGAAUUUAAAUUACGAACAGCAGAUAGAUGUAAAAGUAGAGAAAAAGUUAGAAUAAGAGAACAAAAUAAAGAGAAUAAAGAAAAUAUAUUUAUUUAAUAUAAUAAAAAACUAUGA